AAAGGAGAUGGAAAACAAUUAUGCAGGCCCACGCUGCCUGCGUGAAGAGUGCGUCGAACACUUGUACUCUGCAGGAGCAGAGAAACUUUAGAAAUAUUUAUUUAAUUAUUUGUCGGUGACUCAGUCUUCUUCACACUGCUCUUCCUCUCGCCCUUUUCUUCUUCCUUCCUUGAUGCUCACCACCACCACCACCACCACCACUACUCCACUAUGAAACCCAACCAUUUCCACAUCAAGAAGCUCAUUCCGUGGCUUCUCUACAUCCUCCUCCCUUUGGCGAUCCUGCAUUUGUAUCUCUCCACCCUCUCUUCCCCCGCUACUUCACCAAAUGACACCGCUUCCACCUCCGUCUCUGUCUCUUCUUCUUCCUCUGACUCACAAACGGUAGCUGAGCAGCAUCCGAGCUGGACGUCCUGCAACUUCUCCGACGGUCAGUGGGUUCCACACUCCGGCGGCCCGCUCUACAGCGGGACCGCGUGCAAGACCAUCAAAAAGGGCCAAAAUUGCAUGGAGCACGGCCGCCCGGACGCCGGCUACCUCCACUGGCGGUGGCAGCCGCGGCGCUGCUCGCUGCCGCCCUUCGACCCGGCCGCAUUCCUCGAUCUCAUCGCCGGCAAGCACCUAGCCUUCGUCGGUGACUCCAUGGCCCGCAACCAGCUCGAGUCGCUCCUCUGCCUCCUCGCCGUCGCGGAAGAGCCCGAUCUCGUCUACCGCGACGGCGAGGAGAACAAGUUCCGGCGGUGGGUGUUCCGGAGGCGGAACGCCACCGUCUCCAUCUUCUGGUCGCCCUUCCUCGUGAAGGGAGUGGAGAAGGACGAGCCGGCGGGGCGGAAGCACAACACUCUGUUCCUGGAGACUGCCGACGAGCGGUGGGCGGCGGAUCUGGAGGGGAUCGACGUCGUGCUGUUCUCGGCGGGUCACUGGUACCUCCUCCCGGCGAUCUACCACGAGCACGGCGUCGUGCUCGGCUGCCACGCCUGCCCCGACUUCAACCUCACCGAGAUCGGCUUCUUCGACGUGUUCCGCAAGGCGGUGCGGACGGCUCUCGGAGAGGUCAGCCGGAGGCAGAACAGCUCCGGCGAGAAGCUGGUGCUGGUGACGACCUUCUCGCCGGCGCACUUCGAAGGGGAGUGGGACAAGGCGGGGGCAUGCUCGAAGAAGGAGCCGUACAGGGAAGGGGAGAAGGAGAUGGGGUACACGGACGCACUGAUGAGGAGGAUUGCGGUGGAGGAGGUGGCGGCGUCAGCAGCGGCGGCGGAUAGCAGAGGAGGAGGGAAGGUAAAGAUGGAGGCCUUGGACGUCACGGAGAUGGCAUUGCUGCGGCCGGACGGCCACCCAGGCCCAUACAUGCAUCCUCAUCCCUUCGCCGGCGGCGAGGUCAGAGACAGAGUACAGAACGACUGCGUGCACUGGUGCUUACCUGGGCCGAUCGAUUCAUGGAACGAGAUGCUGUUGCAGGUGAUCAGAAGAUGGAAGAAAGGGAGCCAUUGAACUCAUGAACUUCUUCCUUUUUUUUUGUUUUUACUUUUAUUUUCUUUAAAAAAAAACACACAGAUCUCGUAUAAUUUUGUAAUCUAAUUGAAGAAUUUUUCAUCUGAGUAUAUGGAUCUGUGUAACCGAAA